UCUGUACAAGAAAGUAUUUUUAUUUUCUUCGUCUUCUAGACUUUACAUUGAUGAGAAAAAAAAAACACGUUUCUUGCAUUUGCAGACUGAAUCCUCUCGACGUAUCGCAUUGCAGACUGCAGUCCUUUGAGGAUUGUCGGUUUCAUCUUGUUCAUCUUGCAAACAUUCCUCGAGCCUAUAUCUGUGCCUUAUUCGUAAAACAGGAUAUGGUCUGUCGUUUCUAGUGCUAAAAUGUGGCCUUAUAUGAACUACAACACACGAACUCGUGGUAUCCGGCUUAAUCGGCACGCACGGUUGUGGGAAAUGCUGUUCUCAGUUCGCCUGGGUCCGUACAACUUGGAGUUUUCUGUAACCAGAAAUACAUUUCCCAGCGUGCAAAGCGAGUCACUGUCCGGUAACAGCUGAUUGUCAAAAGAAGCGAAACCAGCGAUGUCCGCUUUGUGCACUGAAUCGGGGAUCCUAGAGCUAGAAAACUCAGAGAAAUCUGGCUGCCGCUCCGACAGCAGUAACAGUGAAGGCUCACUGGACAGACUACUUCCUGCAGUCGCCACAACUUUGUCUCCACGCAAACGGACAACAAGCCAGUGCAAAUCAGAGCCUCCACUUCUAAGAACCAAUAAGAGGACCAUUUACACUGCUGGGCGGCCUCCGUGGUACAAUGAACAUGGGACCCAGUCCAAAGAAGCAUUUGUCAUUGGCCUGUGUGGUGGUAGUGCAUCUGGGAAGACGACAGUCGCCAGAAAGAUCAUUGAAGCCCUGGAUGUCCCCUGGGUUGUGCUCCUGUCCAUGGACUCCUUUUAUAAGGUUCUCUCUGUGGAGGAGCAGCAACUUGCUAAAAGCAAUGACUACAAUUUUGACCAUCCUGACGCCUUUGAUAUUACCCUCUUGGUUCAUACCCUGCGGAAGCUUAAACAGGGCAAAAGUGUGAAGAUUCCCGUGUAUGAUUUUACAAUCCAUGGCAGACAAAAAGAAUGGAAAACAGUUUAUGGAGCCAGUGUCAUCAUAUUUGAAGGAAUAAUGUCAUUUGCUGAUAAAGAAUUAUUGAAACUUUUAGACAUGAAGAUAUUUGUUGACACAGACUCAGAUAUCCGUCUGGUUCGUCGCCUACACAGAGACAUAACUGAGAGGGGGCGCGACAUUGAAGGUGUAAUCAAACAGUACAACAAGUUUGUGAAGCCUGCCUUUGAACAGUACAUCGAACCAACAAUGCGUCUUGCUGACAUUGUUGUCCCACGAGGUGGAGGAAAUAUGGUUGCCAUUGACCUUAUUGUACAGCAUGUUCACAGUCAACUAGAAGAGAGGAAGCUGCGCUGGGACAUGGCCGCCCUGGCUUCAGCACACCAGUCUCAGCCACUUCCUGAGACCCUGAGUGUUCUGGAGAGCACCCCACAGGUCAGGGGGAUGCACACCAUUAUCAGAAACAAAGAGACGAGCCGCGAUGAGUUUAUCUUUUAUUCAAAGCGACUGAUGAGGUUGCUAAUAGAGCAUGCACUUUCUUUCUUGCCUUUUCAGAUCUGUACAGUUCAGACACCCCAAGGGCAAGAUUAUGAUGGAAGAUCAUUUCAUGGGAAAAGAAUUACCGGUGUGUCCAUUCUAAGAGCAGGUGAGACAAUGGAGCCUGCACUAAGAGCAGUAUGUAAGGAUGUAAGGAUUGGCAAGAUUCUCAUACAGACCAAUCAGGACACGGGAGAACCAGAGUUGCACUAUCUAAGGUUACCAAAGGAUAUCAGUGAAGACCACGUUAUUUUGAUGGAUUGUACCGUCUCGACUGGGGCGGCAGCAAUGAUGGCAGUCCGAGUUUUACUGGAUCAUGAUGUUCAGGAAGACAAGAUCUUUCUAGUGUCCUUACUGAUGGCAGAAAUGGGAGUGCACUCUGUUGCGUAUGCCUUUCCUCAAGUCAAAAUCAUCACUACGGCCGUGGAUAAGAAAGUCAACGAUUUGUUUCACAUCAUUCCAGGAAUAGGUAAUUUUGGGGAUAGAUAUUUUGGAACAGAUGCUCCACCUGACUGGAGUGAUGAUGACCUGGAUGACCCGUGCUAUUAAGGACACAAACGGACUUUCACGCUUUCAGGCAGCUAUCCAUACCCGUAACACACCGAAUAAAGACUGUCAUCCGGCCGGACAUCAUGUGAAGGAAGGCUUUAGUGAUCCGUGUGGAACUUUGUAAAUAUGUCCUUUAGAUGAAUGUCAGGGUUUUGCACAUGUUUAUUUUAUGUGUUUUAUUAUUUAAAAAAAAGUGCAGAUUUAACUAAAUGUAGCUAAAUUGUUUCUCAUA